AAGCCUUGAUCAAAACGAAACGAUAGACUUUAUGGCACCAACGGAAUGAGGGAUGAACGAGAGGAAGGCACCUUCAUCGUGGUCAACGCACCCCCAGAACUUGCUUUUAGCGAACGCGUCGACAAAUGGUUGUUCUCGGCAACUGAAUUAAGCCGGGGGCGAAUUCAACAUCUUUUGGAAGAACAUAAAAUAAUCCGCAACGGUCAAAUAUGCAAAAAAAAAGAUAAGGUUCGAGCGAUGGACGAGUUUAAAAUUUUUUUGAACGAAGAUCUCGUCCUGAAACCUGUCGACAUGCCGCUAGAAAUUGUCUACCAAGACGAGCACAUAGCGGUGAUUAAUAAAGAGGCUGGCAUACCGGUGCAUCCAGGGGAAGGUGAAGAUGCGAAUGCCAAAGUAACGCUCGUUCAUAUAUUACUACAUCAUUUUCCCGGCCAACUUUCCUCGGGAGAAGGACCGAUGCGCCCGGGAAUUGUCCACCGGUUGGACAAGGACACAUCCGGUCUAUUGGUCGUUUGCAAGACUAAUCUGGCCCAUAUGACACUGAAGGAGAUGUUAAAGACGCAAAAGCCCGCCGAUUUUGAAAAGGGCUAUUGGGCGCUGGUGAAUGGAAAAGUGAAUUCGGGAGGGUCGAUUGAAGAUCCGAUCAUGCGUCAUCCAGGCAAGAACAAAGGCCAAAAAAUGAUGGUGUGCAGGGCACACCAACGAGACAAGGGAAAGAACGCGCACACCGAGUAUUCUGUUAAGAAAUGUUGGCAAGUAGGCAAAGCCACAUUUUACACGCUUCUCGAUAUCAGAAUAUUCACAGGACGUACACAUCAAAUUCGAGUACACAUGGCAUCAAUUUCGCACCCGGUAGUAGGCGACGCGAUCUAUGGUUCGAGAAAGAGUAAAACAGGGGCAUUGCUACUGCUUGCAAAGAGGUUGGUAUUCAGGCAUCCCAUAACAAAAGAAAGAAUCGAGCUUGUAGCGAAAAAUCCGGAUUAUUUUGAAAAUUUUAUGGCCGAAUUAGAUAGAAUAGAAGAAAAUUUUAAAAAUUCAAACUUGUCAGAAGAGGUUGAAUAGUAUUUACAUCAUCAUGAAACGUCAAGAUGUUCAUAGGACGCGUUGUUCAGUAGUCGCCAAAAAUUGCAUGAAAAACCUAUCAAGUACUAUUUUGUACCUGUUUUUUUAACAUCGCGCCAUGCCAACACAAAUAUUCCCAAAACGAUGAAAAUCCUGCGUCUUUUCCCUCAGUCAUUUGUCACGAUGCAUUCGCAUUAUACUCCAGAAAUUUGGGGUCUGAUUACAUACAUGUCUCUAUCCUACACUUGCUCUAUAUGUUUUUGAUCUCUUCUUCUACUUCUGAACCUCAAAAUUGUCCUUUCCUUUGACGGCAGGUCCGAUUACCGACAUGAACUUCGUAUGUUUCAAGCCGAGCUUAGUAGAUGUCAAUGGCAUUUGUUUUUUCUUUAAAAUAGUCCAAUCUAGACCCUGCCUUCUUAGUUUAGAAACGACCUUUUCCCUUUUUAACGAUUGGACUCCAGUUAAAAUACUAGACGAGUCAAUACAAGAUUUCAAACAACAACUCGAAUUCGAAGAAACCACCUGCGAAGCUCUCUCUGAGGAGAUUCGAUUGAAUGUCUCCUGAGCUUCUUUCUCGUCCUCUUCAAUAAAAGGCAGCAAUGUGAUUCCGAGACCUCUUUUACGCGUCUCUUCCUCCAAAAUCUUGAUUUUCUUGCGCUCUCGCCUCAUCAUACUACGCAAAAGGCGAUUGUUGGCUACAGAAUCAUCGUAACGCUGGUGCGCAACCGACUCGAAGUCGUAGCUUGGACCUUCUUCUAUAGGAGAAGAUUUGGAAUCGCUGUUAUCAUAAAUCUGCUCUACGAAUUCAAAAGGGUCAACAGGCUUGUCCGGCGCGCGCGACAGAGAUUCGAGGUUCGUGAUGCAAGCUCCAAGCUCCUCUUCAACCUUACCAUCCUCCGACUCGACCCAUUCCACUUUUCGCCUACCUCCUUCAACUACGACAAAAUCACUGGUCUUCGGAUCCGUCCGAAUGACUAGAGUGCCAGCGCACCGGUUGCAACGAAAUGAGAAAGAGAAAAUAGGACUGGAAAGGUAGGCGCCCGUUUUCUGCUUCUCUGCAUUGAACCGACGACCACGAGGAAUCAUGUCUCCACAGUGAUUGCACCACAUAUUCCAAGGCAUCUCAAACCGGAUGACCAAAAUGCCCUUGUCCAACUUCCUAGCACGACUUCCGUACGGAUGCUUCCCAUGAAACUUAUUAACCGAGCCCUUCUCUGGGUUCCACUCUGGUGGGUAAUAUUUAGUGCUGGACUUUCUCUCGGCCUGAACAAGAAACGCAAAUCAGUCAAACCUGUAUACUCGCCUCCUACACAAAAAAAAUGUAUAAGGGUCAGCCGUGCACACAUAUCACCUCUAUCUACACGUAGAAAAUAGAGAGAAAUGGCUUUGACCCUCGCAAACGUCUUCAAUCACAUCUGUCCUAUCUCAGUCCUGUGUCACAAAUAACUAUACCAUGGUGCGCGUAUGAUUUUACAAGUAUAACAAUCAAGUGUGUAUGUAUGUUGGUCAGAAUUUCCCCCUAAGAGGGCCUCUGUUUCUGGUCAGAAACCUGGGAUUCUCAGUUUUAUAACAGGCUGCAGCUCCCAGAACCGGUCCUAUAGACCUAUUACGUCAUAAAUUCCAAGGCCAACACGCAUCAACUCCUCAGACCGUGAGCACAAAAUAAUUUGUUCUCGAAACUUUUUUAGGCUAAAACACACUCAAUCGGCGGUAUCCUUACUCACAUCCCGGAAAAAAUGCCGCAGCAAUUGAUAGCCCAACCUUCUGAAGCGCAGAUCACUCGGUGCGCGGUAUCGUCUCCAGCACUUUUCAUUCACCCCCUUUGAAUUAUCACCAGGACAACGGGGAAGUCAGUGGUAUGAUUUUUCUAGCCAAAAAACUGGGAUUCAAGUCAGCGCGGGCAUUAACAUGUAAACAGAAAACAAAACGCACACAACGAGCGCUGUCAAAAGCCAAUUAAGAAAAUUGCCAAAAUAGAACAGAAGACGCGUCAGAAAAAAAGGCCGUCGUCGUCGAGGACGAAUUCGUCAACGGCCAACAGCAAUUCGUCAUCGAAGAAUAGAACAACCGGAAACGUCUCGCAAAAUGCGAUUGUGCUUCCCCCUUUCAUAAAAAGGUUAUCAAGUUGAAAACCGCCGAAAUACACCUGCUCCCAAUGUCUCGUUAAGUGACACAAAAUAUUUAAAUGGGUCGAUGUGAGAAAUGUUGUCAUGAGCCCGCUGUACUGAAGUGUAGACCUAGAAGCCUGGUACAAAUGAACUCAAGAGAGCGAGAAAUGUGCCUGUGACAGACAUACUAAAUACAUAAAGACAACAAAUGAUCGGGAGACAAA